AUGAGCAAAAAGGCGAUGAAAAAAGCAGCCAAAGCCGAGCGUUACCAGGCUUUCAAGCUCGAACGGCGGGCUCGAGAAAAGCAGAUGCAAAAGGAGAAAAGGCGCUUAAAGGCUCAGAAAAGAGCUGCUGGGGAACUGGAUGACUCUGCCGAGCUCGAGGAGAAGGCCAGGAAGAGGCAAAAAAUGAGUGGAUUUGGAGGAAAGAUUGUGCUGGACUUGUCUUUCGACGAGUUGAUGUCAGAAAAGGAAAUCAAUUCACUCUGUUCACAGCUCGCGUAUACGUAUAGUGCAAACCGCAAUGCCUCUUAUCCAUUUACUUUGCUAUGCACUUCGUUGAACGGACGUACGCGAGACCGAUUAGAAGCGAUAAACGACGGUGCUUACAAAAGAUGGACCCAUACUGAGUGGUGGGAGAAUAGUUAUGAUUGUCUAUGGUCGUCUCCAGGUGCUUCAAGCUCCACUCGAGAAGCAAGUCUUACACAAGCAGACCUGGAUGUUCAAAAGCAGAACAUCGUGUACCUCACCGCUGAUUCUGGAGAGGAGAUCGAGGAACUCAAGCCUGGUGAAACGUAUAUUAUAGGUGCAUUAGUCGAUCGCAAUCGCUAUAAGAACUUGACCUUCGAUAAAGCGAACAAAGAAUCUAUUCGCCAUGCUCGCCUUCCUAUCGGAAAAUACAUCAGCUCUUUGCCUACACGAAAGGUGCUCACCGUCAAUCAGGUAUUCGAGAUUAUGCUCAAGUGGGUCGAGACUAGGGAUUGGGAGGAGGCCUUCAACUGUAUCAUUCCAAAACGCAAAUUCCUCGACGGCAAGAAGAAAGGGAAGGACAGGAAGAGCCUUUCAGAAACAGAAGAUGUUGUAACAGAAGGGGAAGGUGGAGACAUUACAAGUGAUCAGGUAGCAUUGAAGAUCGGCGCUGAAGAUUUGGAAACGGUAGUGCAGGAAGAUCAGCUGCUCGAGGCUCAGGCGUGA